AUGUCGUCCCCAUCUAGACCACUCGAUAUCGCCAGUCCUCGUUCCAGCGCACCGCUGCGAGGAACGCCUCCGAACGUGCCAGCCGCUAUCUCUGGCUCUCCAAGUCCUAGGUUUCUUCGUGCGCAGUAUGCUGGCACGCCCCCGCCGCCCAACAUUCCCCGGCGCGGAACGCCAAUAGGCACGCCGAGCGCGGCGGGUAGCUCGCCGCUAUUACUGUCCAUACCGUUUGCUAGUGCGGGCGAGCCGUCCUCAUUGGGCGGUAUCAGCGCUCGUCGACCCGUAUCGGGCACUCCUGGCAGCGGUGUCGAGUCCAAUGCUCUCGACGAACUCACUGAUGAAGAGAAAGCGAGGAUAUUGAGACGUCAUCUUGUCUCACGAGGAGAACGUGACGGCCAGGCCUCGUCCCGCGGGUCCAUUAGCGGCGGCUCUGAACAUGGUGCUAUGUCUAAGCGGUCGUCCGUGUCUCAUCUACGCAUCGAGAGAGAGGACACAGAGCCCUUCCCUGUAACAUAUCAUGCUCCCGGUGCAGAUGUGACUCAUAACAUCUACAAAUGGCAGGCCGACAAGCGUCGACAGGCUGCACGCCCACGCGCCGCGUCCUUCUCCGGCUCGCACAACUCAACGCCCGACCCCGUCUUCCAGCAUCUCCACGAGCCUGGCGGUUUUCGCCGGAACUACCUUCUCACACGCAGCGGUAACGAGCACGGCGAGCUCCCGCACGCUGUCCCGCGCAACUUCAUCGAGUUCCUCUACCUUUUCGGGCACUUCGCCGGAGAAGACCUCGAGGAGAUCGACGAGGAGGACGAGUACAUGGAACAAUGGCAGGAUGAAGAGGCACAAGCCGGAGAGCCUGCGCUGGCGGAGCCACGGUUGCUGAAGUCGUUUGUUGGAACGGGGAUUCUGUUCCUUGGGAAAGCGUUCUUCAACGGUGGCAUUCUGUUCUCGAGCGCCGUUCUCACAUUCAUUGCUCUUAUCUCACUCUACUCAUUCCUAUUGUUGGUCAAGACCAAGUUCGUUGUGUCAGGCAGCUUUGGUGACAUCGGCGGGACUCUGUACGGACCCUGGAUGCGAUAUGCCAUCCUCGGCUCUAUCACAAUCUCACAGGUCGGCUUCGUCUCCGCCUACAUCAUCUUCGUCUCGGAGAACCUGCAGGCGUUCGUGCUCGCGGUCACCAACUGCGCGACACAGCUCGGCAUCCAGUACUUCAUCCUCCUGCAGAUGUUCAUCUUCGUGCCGCUCGCGCUGAUCCGCAACCUGGCUAAGCUGAGCACGACCGCGCUCGUGGCGGACGCAUUCUAUGAGGAUAAAGAGGUUGAGGAGAAGUAUAAUUCCGACUGGUUCCAAUCGGUGGAGAAUAAUACCAAUGAAGGGGAGAAAAGGCCGGACUAUUCAAGCUUGUGGCGCCUGCGGAGAUUUAUGAGAAGUUUCAAGAAGUUUCACGAAGGCAGUCUGGAUCUCACUGGUCGCAGUGAGAGACGGUACUCGUCUCUGAAGUCUCGCAUGGCCCUUUUUCUUGAGGACGUCGAAAAUCGAAGGCGCCAUUCUACCAGACAUGAGAAGCGCAGGCAGAUAAUCGACCAAAUUGUUGUAGAGGUCGAUUACAAGAUCACGCCUCGGUCCCUACUGUCCGAGUUCCAUGCGAAGUACAAACUCAGCGAUGUUUGGCUUGACGAGCUGUUCCGGGAAGCAGUAUCAUUAUCAUAUAUUUACCAGAAUCUCACCAUCGGCGUCGCAUGGUCGCAACGCCAUUUAGAAUGGGCGGGCAUAGACAUAGGCACGCCAGAGUACACGUCGUUUCUCCGUCCGGUAUGGGCUGGCUUCGAGGAAGUCCUUCCGCGUGCAGUCAAUGUGUCAAACCUGUACUGCAUACAGGAACUCGGACUCCUGGAUGAGGCCUUCCGUGCGCGCUGCAAUCCCUUCAGGACCCUCGAGCGUGUGGUCGUCACCCACCUAGAUCACGAAGAAGUCCCACUCUUGAUCGGACUCAAGCGCGACGUCCUCAUGGACUUGAUCUCGUCGCUAGAAGGAGCUGCUCUCCAUACUCUAUCACUCGACGGACUAUCCUGGAACUUUGCAAUCUCACUGAUUGACGGGAGUGCGUUCGACCUACCUUGCCUGGAGGAGGGGUAUCCUGACGAAUUGCCCUGGUGGGAACGCGCGGACGACUUCUAUAUUUACGACUGGGAGUCAUAUGGACGAUUGUUCGCCGCGUACUGCCCGUCCCUGGAGGUGCUCUUGUUCCUUGAACGCAAUUUUGUGUCACUCGAGUGCACCAUGGCAAGAUCUCAGACGGAUGGUAAGGUGAAAGUACAAGCAAGUCCUAUGCCAAUAACACGGACCAUGACGCACCUGAUGGAACAAAUUAACCCUGACAUAAGUUUCGGUUUUGAGAAUCCGUGGGUUAUUGGGAUCAACUCGAAGAUCCAGGAAGGACCGUCUCCGCAACUUCCGUAA